UCACACACACACACAGAUAUACCGUUGGCCUAAUCAUCAUCUUCCUUCCCGGCACUGGCUAGCUACCUUGGGUUUUCACAAACACGUUUGAGAGGAUAAAGGGAAGAUGAGGAAACCUUUCUGUGAGAAGGUGGGUUUGAGCAGAGGAGCUUGGUCCAAACAAGAAGAUCAGAAACUCAUUGAUUACAUCAACAAAUAUGGCGAGGGUUCCUGGCGUACCCUCCCUCAAGCUGCUGGAUUACUUCGCUGCGGCAAAAGUUGUAGGCUGAGGUGGAUGAACUAUCUGAGGCCAGACAUCAAAAGAGGCAACUUUGCCGAAGAUGAAGAAGAUCUCAUCAUCAAGCUUCAUGCCCUUCUAGGCAACCGGUGGUCACUGAUAGCUGGAAGAUUACCAGGGAGGACAAAUAAUGAGGUGAAGAACUAUUGGAACUCUCAUCUGAGAAAAAAGCUCAUAAAUGAAGGAAUUGAUCCGAAGAAUCGUCGGUUAACUCGAAAUCCGCCAUUAAUGCCUGGAAGCUCAGCCUCAUCAUCAUAUAAUAAUAGUGCCAAGAAUAAUAAUGAUGAGCCAAUUACAACAAAACCUUAUUAUGUCUCUGAUAACAAAUCUGAUCGCGAUCAAGUCUCAGAUGCAGCAAGUGGUUUAGAGGAGGAAGAAUCAUCUUGCAUACCUGAUUUGAACCUCGACCUCACUAUGAGGAUUGGAAUUAUUUCUUCUUCUUCUUCUUUACCUCCCCCAGAUCCAAAGCCAGUUCCAGAAUAUUCUAGAACAUCAACUGAACUUCUUCUGUUUAGGUGAUCUUCAUUUUCUUCAGAGAAAGAGAGCUACAAAUCUUAGUGCACAAACUAUUCAUAGUUCAUUUUUGUUUCAAUCAUGUAAAAGUGGUGACCAUCAUAAAACUGAUAGUUCAUUUUCUUCAUCAUCAACAUUAAUUUCCUAUACUUAAAA